AUGCUCAAAGUCGCUGGCUGCGCCCUCUGCCUCUCCCUGUGGGGCAAGGGAGGAAGAGGCAAGGAUGGGGUGGAGAAGCUCAACAACGGCGCAUUGCAGGCGACUCGGUGGUUUACACUGCGCCUCAGUUGUAGUGUGCAACCAGGCCACCACAGUCUCAUACUCUGA